AUGUUUUUCAAUAGACUAAGCGCUGGCAAGCUGCUGGUACCACUCUCGGUGGUCCUGUAUGCCCUUUUCGUGGUAAUAUUACCUUUACAGAAUUCUUUCCACUCCUCCAAUGUUUUAGUUAGAGGUGCCGAUGAUGUAGAAAACUAUGGAACUGUUAUCGGUAUUGAUUUAGGUACUACUUAUUCCUGUGUUGCUGUAAUGAAAAAUGGUAAGACUGAAAUUCUUGCCAAUGAGCAAGGUAAUAGAAUAACCCCAUCUUACGUGGCAUUCACCGAUGAUGAAAGAUUGAUUGGUGAUGCUGCAAAGAAUCAAGUUGCUGCCAAUCCUCAAAACACCAUUUUCGACAUUAAGAGAUUGAUCGGUUUGAAAUAUAACGACAGAUCUGUUCAAAAAGAUAUUAAGCACCUGCCAUUUAGUGUGGUUAAUAAAGAUGGAAAACCAGCUGUGGAAGUCAGUGUCAAGGGGGAAAAGAAGAUUUUCACCCCAGAAGAAAUUUCUGGUAUGAUUUUGGGUAAGAUGAAGCAAAUUGCCGAAGAUUAUUUAGGCACUAAGGUCACCCACGCCGUCGUCACUGUUCCAGCUUAUUUCAAUGAUGCUCAAAGACAAGCCACCAAGGAUGCUGGUACCAUCGCCGGUUUGAACGUUUUGAGAAUUGUUAAUGAACCAACUGCAGCUGCCAUUGCCUACGGUUUAGAUAAAUCUGAUAAGGAACAUCAAAUUAUUGUUUAUGACUUAGGUGGUGGUACUUUUGAUGUCUCUCUAUUGUCUAUUGAAAACGGUGUAUUCGAAGUCCAAGCCACUUCUGGUGACACUCACUUAGGUGGUGAAGAUUUCGACUAUAAGAUCGUUCGUCAAUUGAUGAAAGCUUUCAAGAAGAAGCACGGUAUUGAUGUUUCUGACAACAACAAGGCCCUAGCUAAGUUGAAGAGAGAAGCUGAGAAGGCUAAACGUGCCUUAUCCAGCCAAAUGUCCACCCGUAUCGAAAUCGACUCAUUCGUUGAUGGCAUUGAUUUGAGUGAAACCUUGACUAGAGCUAAGUUUGAAGAAUUAAACCUAGAUCUUUUCAAAAAGACCUUGAAACCUGUUGAGAAAGUUUUGCAAGAUUCUGGUUUGGAAAAGAAGGAUGUUGAUGAUAUUGUUUUGGUUGGUGGUUCCACAAGAAUUCCAAAGGUCCAACAAUUGUUAGAAUCUUUCUUUGAUGGUAAGAAGGCUUCCAAGGGUAUUAACCCAGAUGAAGCUGUUGCAUAUGGUGCUGCUGUUCAAGCUGGUGUCUUAUCCGGUGAAGAAGGUGUCGAGGAUAUUGUUUUAUUGGAUGUCAACGCUUUGACUCUUGGUAUUGAAACCACUGGUGGUGUCAUGACUCCUUUAAUCAAGAGGAAUACUGCUAUUCCUACAAAGAAAUCUCAAAUCUUCUCUACUGCCGUUGACAACCAACCAACGGUUAUGAUUAAGGUUUACGAGGGUGAAAGAGCCAUGUCUAAGGACAACAAUCUAUUGGGUAAGUUUGAAUUGACCGGCAUCCCACCAGCACCAAGAGGUGUUCCACAAAUUGAAGUCACAUUCGCACUUGAUGCUAAUGGUAUUUUGAAGGUGUCUGCCACAGAUAAGGGCACUGGUAAAUCUGAAUCUAUCACCAUCACCAACGACAAGGGUAGAUUAACUCAAGAAGAGAUUGAUAGAAUGGUGGAAGAAGCUGAAAAAUUCGCCUCUGAAGAUGCUUCUAUCAAGGCUAAAGUUGAAUCUAGAAACAAAUUGGAAAACUACGCUCACUCUUUGAAAAACCAGGUUAAUGGUGACUUGGGUGAGAAGUUGGAAGAAGAAGAUAAGGAAACUUUAUUAGAUGCUGCUAACGACGUUUUGGAAUGGUUGGAUGAUAACUUCGAAACCGCCAUUGCUGAAGACUUCGACGAAAAGUUUGAAUCUUUGUCAAAGGUCGCUUAUCCAAUUACUUCUAAGUUGUACGGUGGCGCUGACGGUUCUACUGCUGCCGAUUACGACGACGAAGAUGAAGAUGACGAUGGUGAUUAUUUCGAACAUGACGAAUUGUAG